CACAGCACAAUCGACAUCUCUGGCGUGGAAAGCGGCAUUCGCUUUGAGAAUUUUACGGAUUUUUUCAUUUACCGAACGAAAAGUGAAUAGGCCGGCGCAGCACGCAACGACCGGUAGACGCUUGGUGCACCCAUUACCCAUAUAGCAAAAUAGUGAAAUGAAUGUUCCUCCUAGCGUGGGCAAUGGAGGAGCGCCACCGGGAAGGGGCAUGGGCUACACGCCGCCCGGUGCAAUCGUGCCGCAGUUUCCACCACCCGGAUUCGGGGCCCCACCCCCGCCGGAGCUGGCCGCCGCCUUCGGGGUGAUGGCCACCAGCACCGAGUGGACGGAGCACAAGGCGCCGGACGGACGCCCAUAUUACUACAAUCAGAACACGAAGCAAAGCUCGUGGGAGAAGCCUGAGGCUCUUAUGACGCCCGCCGAGCUGCUGCACAACCAGUGUCCCUGGAAGGAGUAUCGCUCUGAUACGGGAAAAGUGUACUACCACAACGUGGCCACCAAGGAGACCUGCUGGGAGCCGCCGCCGGAGUACGUGGACAUGAAGGCUAAGGCGAAGGCGGAAGAAGCUGCUGCUGCUGCCAAAGCCGUGGCAGCCAUGACAUCAUCCAGCUUAGCCGGCAUGGUGCCACCCGCUGCUCUGGCUAGCAUUCUUCCCGCUGCCCUGCCUAUUGCCCCCCGAUUACCCACUCCUGAGAUUCACUCGCCGCUGACACCCAGCAGCAACGAGAACUCGUCCUCAGCGAUGGAUCAAGCCAUGGCCGCCACGUUAGCUGCUAUAGAGGUGCCACAACAAAAUGCUAAGAAGGACGACAAGUCAGAUAGCGCUGUGGUGUUUAAGGAUAAACGCGAGGCCAUCGAGUCCUUCAAGGAGCUGCUGCGGGACCGCAAUGUGCCAUCAAAUGCGAACUGGGACCAGUGUGUGAAAAUCAUAUCAAAGGAUCCGCGCUACGCAGCCUUUAAAAAUCUGAACGAGCGCAAGCAAACAUUCAAUGCCUACAAGACGCAGAAGAUUAAGGACGAGCGAGAGGAGUCUCGACUAAAAGCCAAGAAGGCAAAAGAGGACUUGGAGCAGUUCCUUAUGUCCAGCGAUAAGAUGAACUCGCAGAUGAAAUAUUUUCGCUGUGAAGAAGUGUUUGCCGGAACGCGAACAUGGACCGCGGUGCCGGAACCUGAUCGGCGCGAUAUAUACGAGGACUGUAUAUUUAAUUUAGCGAAGCGAGAGAAGGAAGAAGCGCGGUUGCUAAAAAAACGCAACAUGAAGGUUCUGGGCGAGCUGCUGGAGUCGAUGACUUCAAUCAAUCAUGCCACCACCUGGUCAGAGGCUCAGGUUAUGCUAUUGGACAACGCAGCAUUUAAAAAUGAUGUGACCCUGCUGGGUAUGGACAAGGAGGACGCCCUUAUUGUCUUCGAAGAGCACAUUCGUACCUUGGAGAAGGAGGAGGACGAGGAACGUGAGCGGGAAAAGAAGCGCAUGAAGCGACAGCAGCGCAAAAACAGGGACUCCUUUCUGGCGCUACUCGACUCCCUGCAUGAAGAGGGAAAGCUCACUUCCAUGUCGUUGUGGGUGGAGCUGUAUCCCAUCAUAUCAGCCGAUCUGCGAUUCUCCGCUAUGCUCGGCCAGAGCGGGUCUACACCCCUGGAUCUUUUCAAGUUCUAUGUGGAAAACCUGAAAGCCCGCUUCCAUGAUGAAAAGAAAAUAAUAAGGGAGAUCCUCAAGGAAAAAGCAUUUGUUGUCCAGGCGAAGACAUCCUUCGAGGACUUUGCCACGGUCGUGUGUGAAGAUAAGCGGUCAGCCAGCCUGGACGCGGGAAAUGUGAAGCUCACAUACAACUCCCUGCUGGAAAAGGCAGAGGCCAUCGAAAAGGAGCGGAUGAAAGAGGAGGUGCGAAGGUUGCGGAAACUUGAAAAUGAAAUUAAAAACGAAUGGCUGGAGGCGAACGUCUCAGUGGCCGAACCCUAUGAGAGCGCCAAGAAGCUGGUGGAGCACCUUGAAGCAUUUGCCCUGUAUGAAAAGGAAAUCGGUGUGGAGAAGAUCUGGGAGGACUUUGUUAAGGAAAGCGAAGAUGCGUGCAGCCAUCAUCACUCGCGGUCACGCAAAUCUAAGAAAAACAAGAAGCACAAAAAACGAGUACGGUCCGUCUCAAGAUCAGACAUUGAGAAUGAGCAUAUAGAAGUGGAGAAGUCAAAGCGAAGGCUCUCCAAGACACGAUCGCAUUCCCUGACCUCAAUUGGCAGCAUCGAGAGCGAAAAAUUACUGAAGAAGAAAAAGAAGCGCAAGAACAAACUGCGAGGUUCCUCGUGCGAAUCGGAGGUUCCAGGCAUCCAGUCGCCGGGAACUCAAGCUCUCCUCCAGAACGACUCAAACUCGCACUCACCCGCGAAGAAAAAGAAGAAGGAGAAGCGAGCUAAGAAGGACAAGCGACACAAUAGGCACAAUCGAUCCGGCACGCCCCUUAGUCCUGCCCAGUCCGUCGAGUCGGCUGGAUCGCGAAACGAGGAGCUGACGUUAAGUGACGGCGAGCUGGAAUCAAAGCGAGCGGCUCUUCUAGCCCAACUCAGCGAGCAGCUGGACGAGUGACCAGCUGACAGGCGUUGAGCCAAAGCUGACAUCGACAUCGUGUGGCACUCUCCAGCUCUAGCUCUAGCUUAAGGAGGACCGGGAGAGGCAGCUAGCCCUGGACUCAGUUGCUGGACAAGUUCUCUUUUCAGUCCUUGCCUUCCACUGCACUCUGCUUCGUUUGGUUUAGAUACUGUCCUCGUCCCAGCACAAACCACACAUUGUAAUUUCUUAGUCGCAAUAAGUUUCAAUGUAUAAAUGAGAAUUAAACCUAACGAGUCAAAUUUUAAGUUAUACGCAAAUGAUUUUGAGUCUGCAUCAAAAUAAACCAAUUCUAUCGUAAAUACA